UUAUGAAAUUAAAGAUUUUAUUAAUAGGCUCCAUGAUAGGAGUUUUAGGAGUGAUAACGUGUAUAAAGGCUGUUCCAAUUGAAGUGAUUUAUACGGGUGAUAGUUGUGCUUGUCCGAAAAAUUUAAAUUAUUUAGUGAAUGUACCACCACCACCUCCACCCAAAGAAUAUAAACCGGCGGAAUAUGGUUACAAAUUAGAUGUGCCUAUACAGGCUAAGGCUAAAGUAACCUAUAGUUUUGAUUUUACGGUAGAAGAACCGAAAGCACCACCACCCCCACCAGAGGAUAAAUUGGAAAUAUUUGCAAAAAUCGAUCGUAUUACGGCUCAUAAAAAAGAUUGCUUGGCGGCCAAAGAAGUACCCAACACUUGCGGUUGCAAUCGAUGCGCCAAAAGGUACGUAUCGCCCGAAAAUCGUGCAACACGUUAUGCGCGUAACUUUCAACACCCCAACAGUAUAGACAACAUUAAGCCAGCAACCUCACAAAUUAUGGCCAUAUUUUUGGAACCAUUAAAUGAAAGCGAAUCGGGUGCUUCGAAAUCACGCAACAAGCGUGAUAUAUCACGCAUAUUUAUGAGACCGCGUAAGAAUGAAAAACGUUCGGAUCGUGUGGUCAAACAGUAUAACAAACGUUUAAAGGAGCCCGUUAGUAAUAAGGCAUUUUAUGCUGAAACUAGAAAACCCAUCAGACCGAGAUCAAUAGCAGCGGCGGCACCAGCCAGAAAUCGUCGUCCCUUGCAGCAAUUGACAAGUUUUCUAACGCUGCCACGCUUUAGAAAUCGACGUGAUAUAAAAGGUGAAUAUGAUUUAAUUGAAAAAGAACGUGAAGAAAUGGAUUUAACUUUACCAGAAAUCAUACAAUAUAUGCCCGAAACUUUAGAUCCAAAUUUCAAAAGAAAUCAAUGUCAUUUUGGUUGUAAACUUCCUGAUCUUACAGAGUCUACCACUACCACAACAAUGACCACCAGCAGCACCACAUCGACUAGUGAAACCACUACAAUGACUUCCACCGAAAGUCAUGAUAAUAACCAAGAUACUUUAAGUGUUACUGAGCCCAAUAAUCCAGCAGUUGAGGCGGAAGGGGAAGAAGAAGAGGAGCAAGAAAAAGAUGUGGAUAAUUCUAUAACAUCCACGCAUACCAAACGUAAUGCAGCGGAUUAUGGUGGUGGUUGUCCUUUGGUUUUUAACGGCCAUAAUCCUACUCCUAAUCCUGGCUAUACAUUAGAACCUCUCACUAGUUUUGAACACAUUCCUAGACCUUUUGCCAAUGCCAAUGAUCCUUACGGUUUUGAUCCAGUGCCUCAACAAUAUGUAGGAGCUCCUCACAAUCCUUAUGCUCCAGCUUUAUUAGAUGCUGCUCCCUUAGUUGGUGCACAAUAUCCCACCCCUAAUGUUCAGCCUGUCUCAAAUGCCCAACUAGAUCAAAUUAUAGCCGAAAUUGUAAAUAAACAUUCCGACUUUAUUGAGGCCAGUUCACAUCGUGGUGGUGCUUAUGUGGAUCCAUUGGGGGAACAAGAGCAGCAAGCUAAAGCAUUUUUCAAAAAUCUUAUGAGUGGUAACUGGAAUGGUUGGUUGGGUGAUGAUCAGUCGCAUCAAUCGCAACAUCCAGUGCAAACACAUCAUCAAACUCAUUAUCAUGCUCCAGUUGCGGCUCAUGUUCAUAGUCCUCCUUCUCCUCCCUAUUAUCAAUAA